CCUCACUUUCGUGAUACAAGUUCAUAACCAUCUUCUUCAAUCUCGCUCAGUGGUUCAAUGUAAUUGCGCACCUUCGUAAGAAUCAGUGGCGGUGUUUCUUCAAACAUGUCGUCCUCGUACGGUUCGGGCAGCAGCUCUUCAAUCUCGCGUCGCUUCAACUUUGACACGAUACACUGCUGGACUUGCUUUAAAGACUUUGUUCCUCCCGGACAGGCCCGCGGAUCAAGCGCAUCAGGCCUCGGCGCUGCAUUCGGCGGCCAAGCUGACAAGACCGAGGAAUUCUGGCUCACUUCGUGUUCACACGUCAUAUGUGCUGACUGUAUGCGCCACCGAGGAGAUGCGGUUCAGAAAGUCUGCGCCUUCUGCAAGGCAGUAGGCAUUAAGCAGAUUGUGCUCAAUGAAAAUAUACCACCGCAUAUUGCCCCUUUCUUUCGCUCACCACCGCAAGUCCUGGAUGAGGUCAUUGCAAGCUACAAAUUCCAGCAUGAGCACACUCUACAUCUGAUAUCUUACCUCAAAGCCCAAGCCCGCAAACAGCAAGAGAUUCUCGAGCGCGUCAAGUCCGAACUAAUCGAAGCCCGUGAAGUGAAGCGCAAUCAGCAUCGCUUGCUGCAAGAGAACGAGCAGCUAAGAGCGCAGCUUGGGCAGUACGUUAACAACGAUGGUGGUACGACGGGCAACAGGAGCUUCGUACCAGCAGGCAAACGGCCGCGCGAACCUUCAGCGGAAUUGACACAGACAGGGACACGAAACGAGGGGUACAAUGCCCCGAUGGAGUCGGAUUUCAGACUGACAAAUUUCCAACAGAGUGUGCAUCAUCAGCAAGCAGAGGUUGACCUUCCCAUACGGCAGGUUCGAGGUUCGUCGGUCGAAAGCGAUGCUUCUCAGAAGCUUCAGGCUUACAGAUUCGUCGAGCCGACUCAUCCACUACCCCGCAAUGUACAUGCCUCCUCGAUCAGCGCGAUGCCACCUCCUGGCUUCGUGAACUCUAGUCGAGUCUCAGCUCCCAAUAGUGCGACUGCACGGCCGAGCUCCGCUUUACCUCGCACAAACGGCUCGAGCCUCACACACGCACGCUUCCCACCUAUGCGGCCUACAUCGGCUCUGCAUCAGGAGCAGUUUAGACAUCCAAGCACGCCAUCGCAGCGCGCGCCGUUCCGACCUGCCACCGCCAUGGGUAGCUUUAGUGCUACCAGCGGUACCGGCCAUAGCGUCGGCAUUGGUGCCGGCGCCAAUAUCAUCAGCAAUGCUAACUUCACCGAUCCGCAUCGCCGGCACUUUGGCCGUUGAAUGUCCAGCGAACAGCAGCUGAUUGGGAAAGGGUAUACGAAAAUGGAAGCAACCAAUCAGGUCGGAUUGGAACAGCUAGCAAAGUAUGAGCGACUUCAAACUUGUACA